UCCCCCGAUAGCAGCACCAGCUCCACGUUACGCGGUAGAGUUUUAAAGUACUCCUCCGUCAGCUCGGUCCCGUCAUCGUACGUGCAGACCCGAGCGCAAUUCAUCGGCUUCUGCGGUGCAGGCGGGUUCAAAUGUGGUUUUAAGUCCGAGGGUUGUUGUUAACGGUUCGGUUACCCGAACGAAAGAUGAAUAGAUAGGCUACAUAGAAAGUCUUACCUUUAACAACUUGCAACCCUUUUUGAGCAAUUCUUUCAAAUCUUUGGCGGCAACUCCGUAUUUGUUAGUUUCCCCGAAACUCCUAAGUUUUACAGAUUUGGUGCUCUCGAGUGCGCACAUCUCCGCGGCCUGCUUCCGACACAAAGUAGCCCUAUACUGCUGCUACUACUACUACUACUACUACUACUACUGUACACACCCGGAGGGCUGCUUGGAGAGCCCUCCCUCCCCCGGUCGAAAAGACCUUCACACCAAACGGAACUGUUGUGCGCCCGUCGGCAGGUCAUUGUAGGUUUCUGAAAUAAAUAACGAAGUAUAAUAACUUUAAUAUCUACCAUGGGUGGUUUGACGAUAUUCCCAUGGGGUUGUUGAGGUUUUCACAACUGAACCGGUAUGUAGUAUGUCUAUUGUAUGUGUAACAACAUUCAUACCCGUUAUUUUGUUUCCAUUGGACCUAGGAAUAAAAAAAAUGCAUUUGAUUGGUGCCACCCAGAGUGGCCACGAGGCGGCGGUGCAGCUUUAUACUUCUGUUAAUGUACUAUUAACAACUCUGAAGAAGAAAUCUAUAACAACCCAAAUAUUGCCAUAGCAACGUAUGCCAAGCCACGGGAGAAACCAAGUGAGAAGGGUCCCAGUACUUAACCAUAACUAUUUUAUAUUAUAUAAUGUUCGCACAUCGGGAAUAGAAUAAGAAUUAAAACAAGGAGACAAACUAAUAAACGAAGGUAUAUUCACAACGUAGCUUGACAUGCAUGUUAUUGUUGCUCGAGUAUAUAUUAAUUAUUAUGAUAACACCCACGAAUCGAAUAAAUGGUAUGUGGUUACAAUAUGGCGGCCUUGAUUUUGAAAAUAUUUCGGCUUUGAAAACACGCAUACACUCGAACCGGGUUGUUUUCAACAGUUCUUUUACGGGGGCAACAAUGCCGAAUUUAUAUGUCACAUACUUAAAACAAGAACAACUAUAAAACAUGUCCUGUAAGACAGAGAGCUGGAGAGAAGUCUUUGAGAGAGCCCGGGUAAUUCCCCCGCACAGCCAGACAGUACGUCAAUCUCAGGAGGCUCAUCUCACUGCAUCUCACGGCUUUCAAAUCCUCCUAAACCGUGUCACUGGACCUCACAUACAACAGACGGCUGAGGCGACAUCAGAGAUAGACCGAGGUGUCACUUACCAGUUGCGGGUGACUCUGUUUGAUAGAAACCACCUGCACUUCUUCGGGAAGACAUGGAAAAGCUCCAACCAAAGGAUGAAAAGCAACCACAAGAUACAGUUCAACGAGAUCAUGUACCUCCAUACGUCUCUGCGCGUCCCCGCCAUCGUGGCGGUGGUGGAGGUGGUGGCGCUGUCAGACAGGCCAGACGGCUCCCAGCAGGCCCUGGGGUGUGGCUUCUCCGUCCUGGAGAUGUUUGCCGGCAGGGGAGAGGAGCAGGCGGGCGCCGGCGGCGACAGACGACUAAUUCUUCACCAUGGGACGCCCAGAGAGCUUCUCCACCCCAAGUUCAAGGGUGCUGUUGAAUAUGGCGGUCUCCUGAAGGCUAUAGAUGGCGCCCAUGUAGAGUGUGUGGUGAAGGGCCACCCAGCGCUGGGCUCCAUGGUGCACCUGCUCCCUGAGAACAGGCUGGUGUCCGGGCUGGACAACAUCCCAGGCCUGGUGCCUUCACCAACAGGUGACGCUCUGCUGAGACCCAAGCUGCUGAAGCGGACCCCCUACUGCCUGAGCCGGCUGACCGUCUCCCUGCAGCCCUCCUUGGACCGCUUCGAGAGCCAGCUCCUGCAGCUCGUCAGCGCCGACUGGGACGCCACGGCCGGGGUGGAGGGCCCGACGCGGCCCGGCGUGGUGGUCCAGGAGAGGAGGCUCCACGUGGGGGUCCACAACGGCUGGGGCUUCCUGGAGGAACCCCAGGUGGUGCUGCUGGAGCUCCAGGGAGGAGGAGGAGGAGGAGGAGGCAAAGGCCGGGGAGACGGCACCGCCAAGCAGGCUACGCUGACCAAAGACAGCAAGGCGCUGGCAUCCCUUCCCGCAUCCCUGGGCCUCCGCAGUAGCCUGGAGCUCCAGCUGGCCAAUCACAGCGCACUGGCCGUCGUCUUCCAGCUGGAGUACGUCUUCUCUGCUCCACUGGGCCGGGACAACACGCUCACCGCCACCUCCACCUCCAGGGCGGCCUUCAUGCACAGCCUGCGCUGGGCCGCCUGGUGCCCCUUCCUGGAGGCCAGCGAGCCGGGGGACGAGCAGGCCGAGACCCAGCUCCCUCUGCUGGGGGGCCCCCAGCCCAACCCCUUCGAGGUCAUGGUCUAUCGGGCGACCGCGCCCUCCCUGACGCCCAGCCCGGGUUCAGCUACCGCGCCGGGCAACGCCCAGGUCAACGAUAAGGCCGACGUGUUACGCUUCCGUCUGUGGUCCCGUUCCGACAGGAAGGUCUCAAGCCCAAAGGUGUCCGUCCGCGACAAGCAUCAAGGAGACAUGCAAAGGCAGAGAACACUUCCAUCGUCUUCCCCGCCCUCUAAAGGUCGACGGCCCAUCCCUCACUCCGGACCUCCAGAAUCACCCCGUGGCCAAGCGCUCUCUCUGUCUCAGCUGGCAGCCGCCUCACCCCGCCCGACCGACAGCCGCUCCGCCGCCGCGUUGCCGUGGCAACAGUCGUUUCCCUCGCCGCUCGAUCCUUCCCUGUUGGCAUCGGCCCACCAGCUGUCACAUGCCGGCGGCCCAGCUGCCUGCUCUAUGGCCCAUCUGGAGACGGAUCUCCGGCGGGAUGGAGAGGAUGCUGCGUCGCCCAUGGCGAUCCAGGAUGGAGACCACCUCCUCCAAGAGCUGCCCUUCACCCCGCUGCACGCGCCUGUCCUCACCCUGGAGACGUACCGGCCGAGUACCCGUCCGGUCGGCUCCAGGAGCGCCCUGGCCCACCUCUACUCCGCCGGCUUCCCGGACGUCCUGGACCGUGACGGGCGGCCCGCCCUGGUCCUGGACCCCGCGGACCCCGUGCACUACGACCCCGGACGUGAGGAGGCUGACCCCCUCCGGGGCCACCUGCUGGUGUUUCAGUUCCUGGCCUUCUCCAGGGUGCUGACUGCGGACGCAGACGCCGACUGGCCUGAGAGCGUCCACUUCACCUUCCAGUUCUACCGCUUCCCCCCGGUCACGUCCCAGCGCCUCACGCUCCAGCAGCCAGGGGCCCACCGGGGGGGGGGGCCGCAGCCGGCCGGCCAUCCCUUACCCUGUGUGCUGUACCCCGUCCACCACGACACCGCCAUCAGUCCCGACGGUCCCGGGCUGCAGGUCCAGUUCCGGGUGGAUGAUGGCUUCCUGAAGGCGGGGGAGCGGCGCUGGUUCCUGGGCUACCUGGCCCAGCAGACCCUGCAGGUGGACGUCUGGGACAGCGCCUCCCUGCUGCUGGUGGGGUCCUGCUGUGUCCCGCUAAAGCACAUGCUUCGCCAGGGUCGGUUGGCAGUGCAGGCCCUCCAUGAGCUGGAGGUCCUGGCGACGGAGUACGCCAGCGAGGAGACCCCCCUCCACCUCGGGGGAGAAGGGGGUCCAAACCGGGGCAGCGGGGGCCACCACCAGAGCCUGGUCAACAUCAACACGGUGCUCAGGGGUCGCCUGUACGUGCGCACGGGGAACAUCGGAUGUCUCGUGGAUCCUGAUUGGAGGAGGCCAGGCGAAGUACCGCCUCCUUGUUCCUAUGUCAUCACGCAGCGGGAAAGUGGUGCAGGCAGCUUCAAAGGAGGAAAACUCUCCACUGGAAACAUCCUCAGACUUAAUGAGAGGAACGCGUCACUGGCUCAGCAGGCGGCGGCCGCGGCGGCGGACAUAACGGGCGGCGGGCCGGAGGUGAUAACGGACGGCGUCGGCCCGCCCACGCCGGGCGAGUCGUUGGAGGACCGCCGACGCAAGCUGAGCUGCUUGGCCGCCGUGCUGCAGCGGGAGGCCAGGGAGCACCCGGAGAGCCAGGUCAAAACGGCCAGGGUCAUGAGCCGGAGGGAGGAGCGUGUGCAGCUGGCCCGGGACCUGGAUCAGAUCCGAGCCCUGCAGGACCGCAGCAAGGCGGAGGCCAUCUCCAGCAUGCUGAGCCAGGCCAUCACCACCCGCCACGCCCUCUACGCCAGCCUGGGCACCGCCGAGUACCUGGAGUUCAUCCUGAGGAACCCCUUCAGCGCCCCGCACACCGUCAGCAUCCACAGCGCCGACCCUGACCUCAGUGUGAUCUCCAGCGUGGAGGAGUGGAGCCACUUCAGGGCCCUUACGCGGAGCCCCACCCCUGUGGAGGAGAACCUGUUCCAGGUGGAGGAGGGCUCUCCACACCCCCGAGUCUACCUGCGGCCCCGCGAGAGCGUCCACAUCCCCCUCAAGUACCAGAGCUUUGUCUGUGACCACAGCCCCCCACUGCAGGGCCCGGGGUUCCCUUCCUCGGGUCGACAGGAAGACGUGGCCCGGAAGCACACGUCCAACAUCGUGCGCGCCAAGUCCAUCAAGGUGACGUUCCGGGCGGAGGACGGCCAGCCCCUGGCGGUGCUGCAGGUGGAUGUGGAGCCCACGCCCCACCUGGUGGCCCACACCUUCCGUCUCUACCACCCCCAGCUCUGCCUCCUGAAGAAGGCCCUGCGCAUCCCCCCCGGGCUGGCCUCUGCCCCCGGCAGCGCAGAUGGCACUGAAGAGGAGAUACUGGUACGUUGCAGUGACCCCGGCGUCGUCUGCCAGACCAAGAUGCUGGCGCCAGGGGAGCCCCAGGACGUGUAUAUGAAGGUACCCGGGAGCCCCAGCCCUGACGUGAAGAUGUUCUACAUAAUGCUGUUCACGGACCGCUGGCUGGCGCGUCCGGCCUCCAUCUGGAGGGUGUACGUGCACUUCCUGGAGCGGGUGGAGCUGAGCUGCGUGGCGGGCCAGCGGACCCUGCAGUCCCUGGUGCUCAGAGGGUCCCGGGCCCCCCGCAAGGUCCGCUGCUACUGCUCCCACCCCCGGCAGCUAGAGGUGGACCCGGCGGGGCUGUUUGUGCUGCCCCCUGCAGGCGCGGUGCAGGAGCUGCAGGUGCGGGUGCAGCCCUGGCGCUCGGGCUCCCGCCUGGCGUUCGUCAGCGCGGUGGACGUCGAGCGCUGUCAGCUCCUCGCCGCCUGGAUGGUCUGCCUCAACGCCCACCGGCCCGUCCUGUCCAAGGCGUUUGAGCUCUCCGUACCGGUGGCUGGGGGGCGGGGCAGCACCCGUAGGAUCACCUACACCAACCCGUACCCGGACACCCGCACCUUCCUGCUGCACUCGGACCGGCCGGACCUGCUGCAGUUCAAGGAGGACCGCUUCCAGGUGGGGGGCGGAGAGGUGUACACCGUCGGGCUGCGCUUCGCCCCGAGCCAGAGCGGCGGCAGCACAGAGGUCUCCAUCUACAUCAACAACCUGGACGAGAAGACGGAGGAGGCCUUCUGCCUGAAGGUCAACUACUCCUGACCUCCGGUCCCUGACCCCCGGCAGGCUCCCAGGUCGGCCUCCAAAGGUCGCACGGGUCAACCCCGACGGAGGCCUUCCAUGCUGGGUUGUUUUCAAGACAAUUUUGUGUGUGGAGUUGUUGCUUUUCAUGUUUAGGAUUGUUAGGUUAAUGCAGGACAACACAAAAUGUAAUUUCAGUGUUUGUUUUCCAACCAGAAUCGUAUGAAUCAGAACUAGAGUGGUCGAAUAUCUCUGUUCUUUUGAUGGGAUUGGAUUCCUGCACCACUGUCUGAGCUGACCUCGCAGUCCAAUCAUACAACUGAUCCAAACGCCGUGUUUAAUGUCCUUUUUAAGAAAACAAACAAACACCAGCGUUGGUUUUUCGAUGUGACCAAAAGAAAACAGUGUUCACUUCACUCCAUUUCCCCCGUUUCCUCAAAUUGAGUUGAGAACGGUACAGGUAACGGAUAUUUUCAAACCAAAAGAGACUCUCUACAGACAGCCACGGAACGUCACUAUCAGCCGGCACACAGCUUGUCUGCUGCCCGUUCUUCCGUAUCGGUGACGCCCGAACGGGCAUGCAUUCUCUCGCACAGGAUGCAAAAAUGAUUACCUUCGUGCGAGUGAUGAAUAAACACAGUUAACUUUUUGAAUAUAUGGUUUCAUAUGCCACAUCGCAUCCGUUGUUAGUUUUUUCUCACAAAUGAAAUAUUUCCAGCGUCAUGGCGCCAAGGGGGGGGACUCUCUUUUCUAUCCGAACUCAACCGGUGGAAUGCAUUUAGGGACUCUGAACACGCCGAAACCGCCACUGAAAACAACCAAAUUGACUUAUUGUGCAUCAUUUUGAC